UCCACUGAGCUUUUCGCUGCACCACUCCUUUGGCUGCCGUUUCGCGCAUUCUCCCAGCACCUCUCGGGCUUUGUUGUUGUCUCCUAGCAGACAUCCUCCGAUCUAAAAUGAAGGUUCUGCUCAUCUGUGGACUCGUCCUCGCCGGAGCUUUCCUCGCUGAGGCUGACGGUGGUAGGGAACUGUGCGGUCUGGGCAAUGAUGAAAUCAAGAAAGUUCUAAGCUGCAUGGCAGACAGCGCACCCGCGGAGGUGAAGCCAAAAGCGUUGGAGAUACUCGGUGAGAAAGGAGAUAACGCCGCUGUUCUUAUCAAGGCCAAGUGCGAGACGGAUAUGGACUUUGGUGAGAUGAUUAGCACUGUGUUUUCGGAGACAGUGGCGACCGGCAUUAAGGCGGCCUACAAUCAGUGUAAACCUGCCUCCCGUUAGGAAGCGAGCCAUUGGAAUCCUACUUCGGAAGGGGACCACCUGGCUCUUGUAGAACAGUUGUAUGCCAGCAAAAAAUAAAGACUGGAUUUAGCAGGCAA